AUUAAAUUCAAGUAGUUAAAUUAGUUGAAACAAAGUUUUUGUUAUCAAACAAUUUGAAGUUUGUUUGAUUCAGCAUGAAGAAAAAUAAGAAAAUGAAAGAAUGUGCAUUGGCAGUUGGCAGUUGGCAGUUGGCGCCAUCGUUAAUAUCUCCCAAAGCCCACAGAUUUUUGACAAAGCGACAACUCAGAAGGAAAGCAGCCACGUCAGUUUUCCACGUAGCCUUUCACCAUUUUGUCAUCUCUCACUCUUGGCUGCGAGCUGUGACCAUUUUAAGAAUCAAACACAUUGUUCCCUCUCCCUCAGCUGUGGCAACAAACCAAAUAUGCCUGGGUUAACUGCACCCUCAGAUUACUCACAAGAACCGCUUCGUCACCCAUCCCUCAUUAUCAAUGCCAAGGAGCCCUUCAAUGCAGAGCCACCACGUUCAGCCCUGAUCUCCUCUUAUAUAACUCCUGUACAUUUCUUUUACAAGAGAAAUCAUGGCCCUAUUCCUUUGGUGGAUGAUAUUGAAAGAUAUUGUGUUUCUAUAAAUGGCCUUAUAGAAAACCCAAAAGAGCUGUUCAUGAACGAUAUCAGGAUGCUUCCAAAGUACAAUGUCACUGCCACUUUACAGUGUGCAGGUAACCGAAGGACAGCGAUGAGCAAAGUCAGAAAAGUGAAGGGAGUUGGCUGGGAUAUUUCUACUCUAGGAAAUGCUGUCUGGGGUGGUGCCAAACUGGCUGAUGUUCUUGAACUUGUUGGAGUAUCUAAGUUCAGCUAUUGCACACAAAAAGGUGGAAAACAUGUUGAGUUUGUGAGCGUCGAUAAGUGUGAGGAAGAAAAGGGAGGCCCAUACAAGGCAUCAAUUCCACUUAUCCAAGCUUCAAAUCCUGAAGCAGAUGUUCUACUUGCUUAUGAAAUGAAUGGAGAACCUCUUAACAGGGAUCACGGGUACCCGCUGCGUGUAAUUGUCCCCGGUGUUAUUGGUGCUCGAUCUGUUAAAUGGCUUGAUUCUAUUAGCAUAAAUGCAGAGGAAAGCCAGGGCUUCUUUAUGCAGAAAGACUACAAAAUGUUUCCUCCUUCUGUAGAUUGGAGCAAUAUUGAUUGGUCAGCAAGGAGGCCUCAAAUGGAUUUCCCUGUUCAGUGUGCCAUAUGUUCCUUGGAGGAUGUAGAUCGUAUAAAGCCUGGAAAGGUUACCGUUAGUGGUUAUGCCGUGGCAGGAGGUGGGCGGGGAAUAGAGAGAGUAGACAUAUCAAUUGAUGGUGGCAAAAACUGGAUUGAAGCCACCAGAUAUCAGAAGAUUGGCGUUGCAUAUGUUGCUGAUAGUCUGAGCAGUUACAAGUGGGCAUGGGUGUUUUUCGAGAUCACAGUUGACAUCCAACGAAACACGGAAAUUGUAGCUAAAGCUGUUGAUUCAGCAGCGAAUGUGCAACCAGAAAAAGUGGAAGAGAUAUGGAAUGUAAGGGGUAUACUCAACAACUCAUGGCAUAGAGUUCAAGUUGGAGUUGGUCGUUCCAAAAUAUAGAACAAAGAAGAAAGAGGUAUCUCAUGUGUAGCAUGAACUCUUCUUUGUACUUAAUUUCACUGUGCUAAGGUUUAGAUUUUCCAUUGGAAAUGAGAAUAAGAAUAUGAAACCUGCUUACACUGUUGAAUAAUAAUGUAGCUCUUUAAAGAGUGCUUUUAAAUCUUUUAAGAAUUUUUAAUCACAUUUUUCUUUUACUUUCA